CCCCGCCCGAAACAUGUGGAUCAAUUCCAUCCGCAUCGGGACCUCCCCACCCGUCAAACAAAAAAAAAAUUCCUCCUCGAUCCUUCUUUCGCUGGCGCAACAAUCAUGCCGACAGAUCCGCGGCUGCUCCACCUCAGGUUCCCCCAUCCUUCUUUCUCUCGGGCGACAGAUCCGUUCAUGGCGGCGGAUCCGCAGCGUCCACGGCCGCUCCACCUCGGGCAGUGCGGAUCACGGCCGGCAACCCGAUGGAGGCGUACGGCUACCGGCGCAGUCUGACUCUCUGCCAUGCGCUCCCUCCAUGUCUCCUCCUGCGCCUCCGGUGGCCAGACGCCUCUUCCACUCCGGCCGAUUUAAGCGCAUACCUCUGCCCAUGUGCCACGCCCAUGGAGCCACGAUGUUUGAAGAAGGGGCUAGAGACAAACUGUCCAAUCUGUUGUGACUUCCUAUUCACAUCAAGCAAGGAAGUUAGAGCUGUUCUUUCUGGUCACUCCAUGCAUUCAACUUGCUUGCAGGCAUACACUUUCAGUCACUACACUUGUACUAUCUACGGCAAAUCCUUCUGGGAUAUGGCGAUAAAUGUUGGAUCAGCUGACCCUAUCAUUAUCUCAUUCCACCCCAACACCAUGGUCAGACGGUGUGCAGCCACACCUGGUCACCAUCGAGUUUCAGGUAACCACGACAAGUCAACGAUCUUCCAUUGCCUUCCGCUCAAUUUUGUUUGGAUGGUGCGUGAUUCCUUUCAUCGAGUCUUCAAUAAACCAAAGAGUUACCAGAGUAGUUAAUUAGGAGCCUAAUCAUGUGCAAACUAUUGUGCAUCAAGUCUUCAAUAAAAACAGAGCAGUUUCUACAUGCAAGACGUAUCAAAAUAGUAUGCUAAUACUUGAAUACCAUGUGACUAGAUCGAUUUCCAAGCAGACUCGAUCGAAUCUAAUCGUAUAUGGUGUGUUUGUUGCGUCAAGUAGUGACGGAGAGCAAGCGAGGCGAGAGAGCGAGUCACAGCGCGCUUUUACCUGUUAUUAUAUAACGCACAUUGAUUAGUUCGGUUGUAUCUGGGCAUGCUUUUAGACUUAAAGUCGAUCUUGAUUUCCUCCUGCCACCUGUAUGAGGGCAUCCAUUCAAAACACAUAUCUAAUCUUCUAUGUGUGGGAUCCUUUUUCUGUUCUGAAUUUGUUGUUGGGGCGAGCUUGUUACUCUCUACAUGGAUUUCAAGCUGGAUGAGAGCUACACGCCGAGCAAGAUCUCCAUCUGGACCGGCGACGGCUUCCAGAAUCUCAAGGCCCAGAAAUUAGGAUUCAAGAUUUGCCUCAUUGAAAACCGGUCAGGAGUUCAUGUUCACAAUCAAGCAGUGACCCCUUCUACUACUUGAGGGAUUCAGCAAAGACCAUCAACGGUACAGUCAAAGUUGAACAUGAAAACAAGGCGCUCUGCCAGUGUGCGUGCAUGAUCCAAUAGCAUGUGUUUAAUAGUAGCCACUAUGAUGUGAAAUACUAGCAGCUUCCUCCAUUUAUGCCAGUAUUUGAUAUACUUACCAAAGUUUAAGGGCGCCAAUCUUAAGAAGACAUCCCGGUUUGUGAGAAAAUUUCUUACGCGUAUUAGACAAAAGAUGUAUCUAAUUUUCCUUAGGUUGCAUUGCAACACAUCAGUUUCUGCUAUUGGUUCUUUUACCAUAAAAUUUGUAAGGUCCCUUAUGUUUGAUUUAUUGUAUAAAUCAUUUGAGACAUGCCCUGCAUGCAUGAUUACUCACUAUAUUUAUGUUCAUCUGAUAUUAUGUUCA